CCCCAAUCUUUUGAAAGUUAGUGUAAAAUUUCUAAAUGAACUUCAUCUUUUCCUUCAUGACAGUUGCUUUCAGCAUCAGUGUUGAUCCUUGUUCCAACUAUGAAUCCCUGGAUCGUCCCUGGAGAGCCACAAAUGAAAGUGGAUUGUGGAUUUGUGAUGACUCUUUCUCCUGGAACAGCUGGUACCGAUUUUUCUACAAUGGAAUGGACAUCCGAAUGCCAGAGAGCUGUGUUAGUGGAGGCAGCUGUAACACGGACAUCAGUCUGUCGCUCAACGGUUCCCAUCCUCGGAUAGAGGAUGGAGUGGUGACCAGGGAGAUCUGUGGGGCGAGUUUUUGGAACGGUUGCUGUGAUGAUCGAUUCUCACCCAUCAGAGUCAAAGCUUGUCCAGGAGAUUACUAUGUCUAUGAACUUGUGAAGCCGCAAUAUGGGUGUUCAGCAUACUGCACUGAUAUCAGCACAGUAUCCCAGACCGCUUCCACUGCAAGUCCAGCUAUGAUUACUGAAUCCAGCCUUACCAUGUCUGCCAUCAACUCAGAUUAUGACCAAUGCUACAGCUACAACAUUCUCGACAACUACUGGAGAAACACACUCAAUUACUGGUAUAUGUAUGGAUAUAUAUCUGGACAUGAUGACACUCUAGUUGAAUGGAAUGGCUGGUAUCGGUUCUACAUUAAUGGAUCGAGUGCUCAGAUGCCUGAGUGGUGUUUCAGUUCAAUGUCAUGUGGAGGUUAUAGUUCUCUGUGGCUCGAUGGCUCUCAUCCUCGGCUAGAAGAUGGAGUUGUUUCUCGUGACGUCUACGGCUCUGUUAAUGGACAGUGCAGUUCCUACAGAUCUGACCCAAUCCAAGUCAAAGCUUGUCCUGGAAAUUACUAUGUCUACAAACUAAUAAAGCCAAAGCCAUCAAUCCCAGUGCCUGUAUAUUGUGCAGUUACAUUCAACACUCCGAAUACUGAUCCCUGCUACAACUACACCAGUCUGGAUGAGCCUUGGAGAGCCACGGACAAUUCUUACAUCAGUAAUAUGUGCGAUUAUAAUGUCAACUGGAAUGGCUGGUACAGGCUGUUCUACAACGGUCAGAGCGUCCAGAUGCCACAGUCAUGUGUUAGUUAUGGCAUGUGUGGCACUUCUAACCCACUGUGGCUCAACGGCCCUCACCCACAGCCAGAAGAUGGAGUGGUCACCCGGCAAGUGUGCAGUUCCACAAGGAGUGACUGCUGUGGUUACAGAUCUCAUCCCAUACAAGUCAAAGCGUGUCCAGGAAACUAUUAUGUGUAUGAGUUUGUCAGGCCACUAUUGUGUGCAUCUUACUGUGCAGAUGUCACAAGUCUUAACAUCCCUUCUGCGUCUACGGCAUCAUCUACAACAACAGUGCCAAUCCUACCCCUAAAAUCCAUUACUGAGUCUGUCAGUGUCCCAGCCCUCCCCUUUGACCCCUGCAAUAACUACACUGUACUGGACGAUCCUUGGAGAGCAACAGACAAUCGAUAUACCUUCAAUUUGAUGUGUGACACUUCUGUCAACUGGGUUGGCUGGUAUCGUCUCUUCAUUCACGGCCAGAGUGUUCAGAUGCCAGACACAUGUGUUGAUCAGCUAAGCUGUGGCACUCAUGCCCCACUGUGGCUAAAUGGUUCACAUCCACGAGUCGAGGAUGGAGUGGUCACCCGAGGAGUCUGCGGUCACUGGAUGAAUGACUGCUGCUAUUUCAAAUCCAAUCCUAUUAAAGUUAAAGCCUGUCCAGACAAUUACUAUGUCUAUGAGUUUGUAAGCCCAAAUUUCUGCUUUGAGGCCUACUGUGCAGAUGUUAGGAACAUUAGCAUCAACAAUCCUACUGUCACUCCAGAGACAACCAUGGCUGAGGCUGUCCGCAUUGACCCCUGCUACAACUACACAGCCCUGGAUGAACCUUGGAGAGCAACCAACAAUAGCUAUUCAUACAAUUGUGAUGCUAAUGUCAAUUGGGUCGGCUGGUAUCGUCUCUUCAUUCAGGGUCAAAAUGCUCAGAUGCCAGAAACAUGUGUUAAAGAGUUGAGCUGUGGCACUGUUGCUCCCAAUGUGGCUAAAUGGUCAACACCCAAGAGUCGAGGACGGGGUGGUCACCCGACAUGUCUGCGGCCACUGGAACAAUCACUGUUGCAAUUAGGAGAGCAACACACGCAUGACCACCACCAGAUCAACCCUUCCCUCAGAAGAGAGCACCACACACAUGACCACCACCAUUGCAUCAAGCCUUCCCUCAGAAGAGAGCACCACACACAUGACCACCAUUGCAUCAAGCCUUCCCUCAGGUAUUUUGAAACAAUUUUUGAGGAAAUGGCCACUGUAAAAGAAGAGAGCACCACACACAUGACCACCACCAUUGCAUCAAGCCUUCCCUCAGAAGAGAGCACCACACACAUGACCACCAUCGCAUCAAGCCUUCCCUCAGAAGAGAGCACCACACACAUGACCACCAUUGCAUCAAGCCUUCCCUCAGAAGAGAGCACCACACACAUGACCACCAUUGCAUCAAGCCUUCCCUCAGAAGAGAGCACCACACACAUGACCACCAUUGCAUCAAGCCUUCCCUCAGAAGAGAGCACCACACACAUGACCACCAUCGCAUCAAGCCUUCCCUCAGAAGAGAGCACCACACACAUGACCACCAUUGCAUCAAGCCUUCCCUCAGAAGAGAGCACCACACACAUGACCACCAUCGCAUCAAGCCUUCCCUCAGAAGAGAGCACCACACACAUGACCACCAUCGCAUCAAGCCUUCCCUCAGAAGAGAGCACCACACACAUGACCACCACCAUUGCAUCAAGCCUUCCCUCAGAAGAGAGCACCACACACAUGACCACCAUUGCAUCAAGCCUUCCCUCAGAAGAGAGCACCACACACAUGACCACCAUCGCAUCAAGCCUUCCCUCAGAAGAGAGCACCACACACAUGACCACCAUCGCAUCAAGCCUUCCCUCAGAAGAGAGCACCACACACAUGACCACCACCAUUGCAUCAAGCCUUCCCUCAGAAGAGAGCACCACACACAUGACCACCACCAUUGCAUCAAGCCUUCCCUCAGAAGAGAGCACCACACACAUGACCACCACCAUUGCAUCAAGCCUUCCCUCAGAAGAGAGCACCACACACAUGACCACCACCAUUGCAUCAAGCCUUCCCUCAGAAGAGAGCACCACACACAUGACCACCAUUGCAUCAAGCCUUCCCUCAGAAGAGAGCACCACACACAUGACCACCACCAUUGCAUCAAGCCUUCCCUCAGAAGAGAGCACCACACACAUGACCACCACCAUUGCAUCAAGCCUUCCCUCAGAAGAGAGCACCACACACAUGACCACCACCAUUGCAUCAAGCCUUCCCUCAGAAGAGAGCACCACACACAUGACCACCACCAUCGCAUCAAGCCUUCCCUCAGAAGAGAGCACCACACACAUGACCACCAUCGCAUCAAGCCUUCCCUCAGAAGAGAGCACCACACACAUGACCACCACCAUCGCAUCAAGCCUUCCCUCAGAAGAGAGCACCACACACAUGACCACCACCAUCGCAUCAAGCCUUCCCUCAGAAGAGAGCACCACACACAUGACCACCACCAUUGCAUCAAGCCUUCCCUCAGAAGAGAGCACCACACACAUGACCACCACCAUUGCAUCAAGCCUUCCCUCAGAAGAGAGCACCACACACAUGACCACCACCAUUGCAUCAAGCCUUCCCUCAGAAGAGAGCACCACACACAUGACCACCACCAUCGCAUCAAGCCUUCCCUCAGAAGAGAGCACCACACACAUGACCACCACCAUCGCAUCAAGCCUUCCCUCAGAAGAGAGCACCACACACAUGACCACCACCAUUGCAUCAAGCCUUCCCUCAGAAGAGAGCACUACACACAUGACCACCACCAUUGCAUCAAGCCUUCCCUCAGAAGAGAGCACCACACACAUGACCACCACCAUCGCAUCAAGCCUUCCCUCAGAAGAGAGCACUACACACAUGACCACCACCAUUGCAUCAAGCCUUCCCUCAGAAGAGAGCACCACACACAUGACCACCACCAUCGCAUCAAGCCUUCCCUCAGAAGAGAGCACCACACACAUGACCACCACCAUUGCAUCAAGCCUUCCCUCAGAAGAGAGCACCACACACAUGACCACCACCAUCGCAUCAAGCCUUCCCUCAGAAGAGAGCACCACACACAUGACCACCACCAUUGCAUCAAGCCUUCCCUCAGAAGAGAGCACCACACACAUGACCACCACCAUUGCAUCAAGCCUUCCCUCAGAAGAGAGCACCACACACAUGACCACCACCAUCGCAUCAAGCCUUCCGUCAGAAGAGAGCACCACACACAUGACCACCAUCGCAUCAAGCCUUCCCUCAGAAGAGAGCACCACACACAUGACCACCAUCGCAUCAAGCCUUCCCUCAGAAGAGAGCACCACACACAUGACCACCACCAUUGCAUCAAGCCUUCCCUCAGAAGAGAGCACCACACACAUGACCACCAUUGCAUCAAGCCUUCCCUCAGAAGAGAGCACCACACACAUGACCACCAUCGCAUCAAGCCUUCCCUCAGAAGAGAGCACCACACACAUGACCACCACCAUCGCAUCAAGCCUUCCCUCAGAAGAGAGCACCACACACAUGACCACCACCAUUGCAUCAAGCCUUCCCUCAGAAGAGAGCACCACACACAUGACCACCACCAUUGCAUCAAGCCUUCCCUCAGAAGAGAGCACCACACACAUGACCACCACCAUUGCAUCAAGCCUUCCCUCAGAAGAGAGCACCACACACAUGACCACCAUCGCAUCAAGCCUUCCCUCAGAAGAGAGCACCACACACAUGACCACCAUUGCAUCAAGCCUUCCCUCAGAAGAGAGCACCACACACAUGACCACCACCAUUGCAUCAAGCCUUCCCUCAGAAGAGAGCACCACACACAUGACCACCAUUGCAUCAAGCCUUCCCUCAGAAGAGAGCACCACACACAUGACCACCAUCGCAUCAAGCCUUCCCUCAGAAGAGAGCACCACACACAUGACCACCACCAUCGCAUCAAGCCUUCCCUCAGAAGAGAGCACCACACACAUGACCACCACCAUCGCAUCAAGCCUUCCCUCAGAAGAGAGCACUACACACAUGACCACCACCAUCGCAUCAAGCCUUCCCUCAGAAGAGAGCACCACACACAUGACCACCAUCGCAUCAAGCCUUCCCUCAGAAGAGAGCACCACACACAUGACCACCACCAUUGCAUCAAGCCUUCCCUCAGAAGAGAGCACCACACACAUGACCACCAUUGCAUCAAGCCUUCCCUCAGAAGAGAGCACCACACACAUGACCACCAUCGCAUCAAGCCUUCCCUCAGAAGAGAGCACCACACACAUGACCACCAUCGCAUCAAGCCUUCCCUCAGAAGAGAGCACCACACACAUGACCACCACCAUCGCAUCAAGCCUUCCCUCAGAAGAGAGCACCACACACAUGACCACCAUUGCAUCAAGCCUUCCCUCAGAAAAGAGCACCACACACAUGACCGCAUCAAGCCUUCCCUCAGAAGAGAGCACCACACACAUGACCACCACCAGAUCAAACCGUCCCUCAGAAGAGAGCACCACACACAUGACCACCACCAGUUCAAGUCGUCCCUCAGAAGAGAGCACCACAAACAUGACCACCACCAGAUCAAGCCUUCCCUCAGGUGAAGGAGACCGCUGUUCUGAGCUCAACUGCACUGCGGAUGAACGCUGUGAAAAGAAACAUGGUGUUUACGGCUGUUUCUGCAAGGACAACCAUCACAGAUCUCAGCGUGACUCCUUUGAUUUCAUUGAAACCUGUGAAAGCAGCUCUGGCUCCAUGUCUCUGUCUCGCUGUCAGCUCUUUGAGGCUGGUUUUCCUUCUGACAUCUUACACCUCAAUGAUCCCAGCUGCAGAGGAACAGUCCGGAAUGGCAGAGUGGAGUUCUGUUUUGACAACAAUGACCACAUCUGUGGUACAAGUCUUGUGGCCAAUGGCACCCACUUCAUCUAUGAGAACGUUAUUGUGGGAGAGCCAAACACAGUUGGGCAUCUCAUCAGCAGGAAGAAAAUUCUGAAGCUUCCUUUCAGCUGUGUGUACUCACAAACCCAAACACUCUCCAUGGACAUCAACCCUCUGGAGAGCAUUGUGCACAGGAUCCUUCCUGCUGGUCAAGGGACCUAUCAGGUCAGGAUGAUUCCCUAUCUGGAUGCUGAAUUUUCACACCCCUUCACUGGUAGUGUGAACAUAGAGCUGAGCAAGCGUAUUUUUGUGGAAGUUCGUGUUGAUGGAGUCGACAGCCGUCAGUUUGCUUCAGUGAUUGACACAUGUUGGGCUACACCUGUGAAUGAUCCCCAUUACUCUCUCCGCUGGGACCUCAUCGUUGACAGGUGUCCCAAUCCAGAUGACAAUACAGUGGACUUGCUGCAGAAUGGUGUUUCCACAUCCAGCCGUUUCUCCUUUGAGAUGUUUAUCUUCACUGCAAACUCCACAAAGGUUUACCUGCACUGCGCUAUUCACCUUUGCCUUCAGACAGACAAUCGCUGCUCAGUGAAUUGUGACUCUGAACACCACCGGAGAGAGGGCAGAUCUGUGAAAUUCCAUGACAGUGCUUCCAUAUCCAUGGGUCCAUUGAUGUGGUCUGACAGUAACAAAGAUGCGCAGGUGCCACGCCAAGUGCAAGUAUCCAGGGCUCCAUGGCUGUGUGGUUCUCUAUCACUUAUAUCUCUGAUGAGUGUCCUGAUAUUCUUCUAGAAUAUUUCCACUAAGGAUCACCAUGAUUUUUUUUUACACAUCUAAUAUAGUCUUGUCUCUUUCUCAAUUAAUGUGGCACUGAUGCCAUACUGUUGCAAGCUUUCUAUAUGUGUGACCUUUGGCUGUUUAUGGAGAAAAUCACAACCUUUAAAUUAGUUUUAGCUAUAGUACACUGAUAGACUGGUAAUCUGACAGAAUGAUCAUUUUAUAAACCAAGUAAUUUUAUAAAUCAAGUCUAAUUACUAUUGUGAGAAUAAAGCAUAUAAUAAUGAGAUUGUGAUUGUGCAUGAAUUUUGGUUACAUAUGUAAUUUGUGUGUGUGUGUUUGGUCCUGGUAAAGCCAUACGUUAUGGGGAAAAAAAUGACAUUUGGUUCCUAUGAGGAAAACAGCUA